CCGGCGGAAGCUAACCAAGAAUUCAAGUGACCGUCUAAAAAAUUUCAAUGCCGUAUAUUUAAAAAAUUUUGUGACAAAAUGUUGUAAUUGUACGAGUAUUUCUUAAAGUAAAUUAUUAUUUAUUUUGUACGAUGGAUUAUAUAAAUAACAGUUUUAUGAACGAUUAGUCAAACAGCAAGAAAAUAACGCAACGUCGCGAACGGCGUCGGCAGCCAAAAUGUCGGCAGUUUUUCAACGUUAAGCGUACCCUCUGUCAACAUUUAUAAAUCUCCAUCGAAAUCAACAUCGAAUCAACCAGUAAUUGAAUCAUUGAUGAUGAAUGAUCGAUAUUAGAUCCCCAUGAUACAGUGAAAAAUCGGAAUCUUCAGAAUUUCAAAGGAUAUGUGACCGGAUAGGUAUGGUGUUACAAAGAAGUCAAAAUGUCUAGUGAUAACGAUCAAAUCCCUCAGUCCGGCAAACGGAGAAAAUUUGUCAUACACGAUAGUAAUGAUAGCGAUGAAUCUAUAGUGCAAUCUCGUCGAAGGAAAAAGACCUCUAAAGUUAUCAGUGAAGGUGAAACUAGCGAUGAGGACAGUGAUAUUCAAAGACCCUCUCUUCGAAGACAGAGCCAUAGGGUCGUUAUAGAUGAUGAAACAAAUUAUGAAACCAACAGUUCAGACUCUGAUAAAUCUAAACAAUCUGAAGAAACUAGUGGAACUUUAGAAUCACAAUCAGACUGUAGCAGUUCAGAGUUAGAAAAAAGAUCUCUUGUUAGACGAAAGUUGCUAGGCAAAUCAAGAUCCAAGAAACCACCAAAAAUUGUAUCAGAAACAGAUUCAGACAGUAACGAUGAACAAUUAGAGAGAUGCCCAAUUUGUCUACUUCCCUUUAGAAAACAGCAAUUAGGCACUCCUUCUAGCUGUGAACAUUGUUUUUGUUUGGAGUGUUUAAUUGAGUGGAGUAAAAAUAUAAAUACAUGUCCUGUAGAUCGACAAAUUUUUGCAGUAAUUCACGUUAGAGAUAAACCUGGUGGUCAAAUCAUAAAAUGUGUUCCAGUGGAAGUAACUCCCCGUGAAGAAGAGAGUCUAGAUGAUCUUACAUUUUGUGAAGUGUGUCAUCAAAGUGAUAGGGAAGACCGUAUGCUUCUUUGCGAUGGUUGCGAUUGUGGUUACCACUUGGAGUGUUUGAAUCCUCCACUGAAUGAAGUUCCUGUGGAAGAAUGGUUUUGUCCAGAGUGUUCGCACAAUAGUCAGAGUGAUGCAGAAGCUGUGGAAAUUGAUAUGGAUGAAAUCUCAGAUUUGAUGGAAGAAGCACGUAGACUUGGUGUUUCUUAUGGAAGAUCUCGUACUAAUAUGCUUCAAGAUUCUCACCGGAGAAUUAUACCUCGUACUAGACAUACAGAACGUGUUAGAGCUAUUAUUCGCAGGAGAAACAGAGUGGACGAUAAUUUGCAAAUAACUCAUCAUCAACUAACAUUUGAUCCAAACCAACCUUCUACUUCAUCGGGUUUAGAGUCUUUUGGAGAUAAUAGUCAAAGUCGUUCUCCGAGUAAUACCUCCAAUUCUAGAGACCAGAAUUGUUCGAACAAACAUUCUAGAAAAUCACACAAAUCUCGAAAAUACAGAAGCAGUUCAAGUGAUUCUAGCGAUGAAAGUAUAUCCGGCAAAUCACAAAGAAGACUUGGUAAUAAAAGUAACGCUGAAGGUUCUGAUAACAAAAAGACCAGAAGAAAAAGUAGCGGUAAGAAGUUUGGAAGUAAUUCAAAAAAGAGUGGGAGCAGAAAGUCUGGAAGUAGACGUUCGAGAAAAUCUAGAAGAUCUAAGAAAGUUGCUGAUCGUGGUGGCACAUUAUUAAGAGAAGUUAGAAUUACAGAGCGUAAUGAAAAUGGAGAGGAAGAAGAGAUUGUAACGUAUGUGAAAGUGGCUUCAGUUGGGCCAAGAAAAAGAAAAACAAAACGAAGAAAGAGGAGACGGUUCAGAAGGCAAGCUAGAACUGUGUCCAGUGUUUUAGCUAAUACCAAAAAAAGACUAGCAGCUUCUUUGGGUAUUUGUAAGCCAGUUAAAGGUGUUCCCGCUUUAUUGCCUAGUAUUAAAAACCGUACAGUUUUAACGGAAAGAUCCGCGUUGACUAUUUCUAGAUAUAAUGCUGGAAUUUCAAGGCUUAGUUUAUUUGGAGAUGGUUUAAAUUUGGAUUACAGUCCUCCAGGAUCAGACAGUGAAGACUAUCGUGCAAGUGUUGGUCCUACAAUAACCAUUCAAAGACGUUCUGUGAUCUCAACUCGAAGACACCUGCAUCUGAAAAGUAUUGCUAAUCCUCAACAAUCACAAAUUGAUCUUGUAACAAGUAUUCUAAGUAAUCAAGAAAUUUGGCAUUCAAAAAAUAACAAUGCAACAUUGAAAGCCGAUGGACUUGUUGUAAGUGAAAAACAAGAAAAUUCUGAUGAUCUGAAAAAAGAAGAAAGAAACGCUUCUAAAACGGAAGAAACAGUUUCUAUUAUAGAAGACAGAAUUUCUAGAACUGAUGCACCGUUAGAAAUAUCUGGAAUCAAUCCAGAGUUAAUUACACAAGCUCCAAUGUAUAACAAUCCUUGUGGGGGAGGGAACAGAGGAAAUUUCAGAGGUGGUUACAGAGAUAACACAAGGCAUAAUCACGGAGGACAAAAUUAUGGAAGAGAUACUCUACCUGGAAGCGGAAGACACGGUUACGGAGGGAGUGGAGGUAAUUUUGGGAGAGAUUUCGGUCCACCUGCAUUUUUUAAUCCAAAUUUUGAACAUUGUGGCCCUCCGAUGUUUGGAGGUAAUCCUCCGUUUAGAAAUCGUAAUCCACAACACUUUCGGAAUGAAAGAUUCCGUUUCAUGCCUCCAGGAAGACCUCCCUUUACUUUCGGUGAAGGUUUUGAACAUCAUUCCUUCCCUGAAAGGUUUGGUCGGCCUAGAUCUCCCCAAGCUUCUGUUGAGCGUUCUCAAAACAAUAUGCCAGCAAAUUUACCAGAAGAUACUCCCAGAAAUGAGUCCGCAGAGCAUCAGUCGCAAGACAAUGAAAAUACUUCGGUCAGACAGGAGGAGGAUUGUGAUAUUUAUUGUGACAUUGAAACAACAAAAUCCGAUGGAGAACUCCAAGACCAACAAAAUGGUUCCAUGGCUUUAUUACCACCUCCUGAACCACCAUCGGGUCUUCUAGAUUUUGAAGAGAAUUCCAGAAGUGACAAAGACAGUGAUCAGGAAUUAGUUAUUGAUGAUACUCAGAAAGAAGAUACUCCAAAAAACGAUAAGUACGAUCCUUUCUCUGUGGACAGUGAUAGUGAUAGUGAAACGAAGAAGAACGAAGAAGUUACAGAAGCAAAGACAGAAAGUCAGACUUUGAAAAGUGUUCCACAACCUGAAGUAGAUACAUCGUUUCGCUUAUCAGCUUACGACGAUGAAGAAGAAGAGGAUUCUCAAGCAGACUGUCCAAAUUUCUCGAUUUAUUCCUCCCAGACAAUGGAUGUAGCACGACAUACUGAACAACAAUUAUCCCAGCAAAUUGGUCCUCUCGAACCACCCCCGUUACCACCUUCGAUUCCAGAUGACGAUGAUGUCAUUGUUGGCGAUGUUCAGGCAUGCGAUCUUGCUGACAUUCCAGAACCCUCGGAUCCAUACGUCGAAGCUUUACGGAAGGAAAGGCAGACUUUGAGUAAAAUUCCACCAAAGAAAAUUUCUCAUGAUAGUAGAGGGAAAAUUACAUUCAAAAUUGGUACUAAGUUAAAGAUUAAUAAUAGGUUGUUAGGAUUACAAGAGGAAGAGAAGGACAGUGAUGAGGAGAAGAAGAAAGAAGCUGAGCAAGCAAAAGAGGAAGAAACGUCAGUUGAUCGUGAAGAAGAACGUAAGAAAAUUGCCAAAAGUAAAUAUGAAGAAGAAAUGGCAUCAAAGGAGGAAGAAGAAGAAGAUGACGAAGAAGAAGAAGAAGAAGAAGAAGAAGAAGAUGAAGAUGAUGAUGAUGAUGAAGAAGAAGAGAAAGAAGAAAGAGAUAUAGAAAAACCUUUAUCCGCAGCCAAUGUCUCUGACUUCCAGGAAAAAGACAUAAACGAGGAACAAACGGAAAAAGAGUGGCCAGAAGUAUCUAAAGCCGACACCAUAGAAACUAGUUCCAACGGAGUCGUUUCAGCAGAAAUAAUUGAGUUAUCUCCAAAAAAUAUAAGGAACAAAUUAAACAGUGAAUACGUAUCAGAAGAAGAUGAUUCUGAACUUCACAAGACACUAACACUUGAUGAAGAAAGUUCAACAAAGAUUUCAAAAAUGGAAGAGAAGCAUGAUGAUGCAAAAAUCAAAGAUCUUGAUGAUUUGGAGAGUGAAAAAGAUGACAAAGAAAAGUGUCAUAUUGAAGAAGAAGAAGAAGAAGAAGAAGAAGAAGAAGAAGAAGAGGAUGAAGACGAAGACGACGAUGAGGAGGACGAAGAGGACGAAGAAGAAGAGGAGGAGGAGGAGGAAGAAAUUUCAAUGGGAAGAUUCCCUAUCGAGAAAGACAAAUCGGAUAAGAAAAGCCCAAUCGAAGAAGAUACUAAACAAAUAUGGGAAUCUGAUGGAGCUUACACCCCUUGUAAAGAUGAACUUCCUCUAAGAGAAUCAAAAUCCUCUUCCGAACAAUUAUCACAAAUUGAAAGCGGGUUAGAACCGAUCACUCCAACAAAGGAUAAACCUGAUGACUUGGAUAGCUGUAGAACUCCUGUAGACUAUAACGCUUUAGGCACAGAAGCAAUUUCAGAGACGGAUGAAGCAAUUAAUUUUGAAGAUGAACUCACUUUACUGAGUCUACGGAAGGAGAAAGAAAUGGAGGAUGGAGAGAUCGUCGAAGAGAAAAGUACAAUAGAUGGUGAGAAAGCAGAAACUGAUAAAGAGGACGAUAAAAAACGUAAGAAGAAGGAAAAGAAGGAAAAGAAUAAGGAGACAGAAAAGAACAAAGAAAAUAUUGCUUCGGAGAACCAAGUAGCAUGGAAAAAGCUUUCAAAGAGUACAAAAGAGAGAUCUUAUAGGGAUAAAGAAAAGCGAUCAAAAUCAAAGGAGAAAGAGAAACCGAAGAAGAAGAAAGAAGUGGUUAAGAAAAAAGAAAAAAGGAAAGAAUUGCCUAGGUAUGAUGUUAGGAAAAUAGUUGCGGAAAGGCCUUCGAGACCAAGAAAAGAUGAAUAUGGAAGGGAUAUUAGAGAGAAAUCGAGACAGAGAAGUAGAUCUAGAAGCUGUUCAUCCAAGCGUUCCAGAUCAUAUUCGAAACUGCGAUCCAGAAGUAGAUCCAGAACAAGAUUGCAAAGAUCCUGGUCAAGAGAUCGUAGAUCAUACUCGAAAUCUCUUUCCAGAAGAAGAUCCCUUUCCAGAGGGCGACGUAAAUCGCCCAAAAGGAGAUCAACUUCCAGAAAGAGAUCUCCUUCAAGGAAACGAUCCCUUUCUAGAAGAAGAUCCAGAUCAGUUUCCAGGAAAAAGAGAUCUCUGUCAAGAAGGAGAUCCAGAAGAUCAAUCUCAAGGUCUAGAAGAUCCCUUUCAAGAUCCAGACAGAGAAGAUCUCUAUCAAGAUCCAGAAGAUCCUUGUCUAGAUCCCGUGACAGACGUAAGGAUAAGAAAAAAUAUAAAUCUAGAAGUAGAUCAAGGAAUCGAAAGAGAUCCCGGUCAAAGUCACCCAGAAAAUCUUCAAAAUCGAAAGAAAGGAAACAUUCGAAGCGAAAGGCGCAAAGUAGAUCAAGAUCGAAAGGAGGAUCUUGUUCCAGAAAUUGGGAGCAAGUUGAUAAAAUAGUGGAGCAAGAUUUCUCGAGAGAAAGAGAGGAAAGGGAGUCCUGGAGUGCUCAAUGGACGCCAUCGUGGUCAAGAUCAAGAUCAAAAACACCGCCUCACGUACCACAGGAUGCAAUUGCAUCUAGAGAGUGGUCCCCGAUGCUGGAGAAUGUUGCAGUUCCUCCCAAAAAUUUAACUGUUAUUCUAACAAAUAAGGAAGCAAUUAAAAAGAAGAAAAAGGAAAGGAGAAAGGAAAGUAAGAAAGGGAAGGAUGAAAAGAAGAGAAAAGGAAAGAGGAAUAGAACUCCGCCGCCAUCGAAGGAGGUGUUUGCUAGCGGGGAUAAUAUUUUGGUCAGCGUAUGUUUCAACAAAGAUAAUGAAAAUGAUCAGCCAGGGGUUCCAGAACUUCCAGAAACAAUUCCUUUGAUUCCUCCUUUAAAAAGACGUCGUAGAGAAUCUCUACAGGCAGAUCCUCCGAAGCGUUCAAAGAAAGAAAAAUCAAAGGAUAAACGUUCCAAGUCCCCGAAACCUAAAAAGGAUAAAAAGAAGAAAUCAAAAGCUGCUGAAAUAGCAGCGACAAAGAAACCAGUAGCUGUGAUUGAUUUGGACCAGUCUCCGUUCAGAGAACAGACUCCAUCGCCAAGAGAUGUGAUAGUUCUCAGCGAUGAUGAUGACAAACAAAUUCAACAAACUACACCGGAUCAAUGUCAACCUUCUCAGAAUUCUCCUCCACGAGAACAAUUUGUUUCUCAAGGUCCUAAGACGCCCCCUGAGCCACAGAUAAAAUUCUCAAUAAAUAAACAAACUAAUAACUUAAGACCAUCCAUGUUAAAUCCAUUAUUAGACGAGGAGGAAGAAGAAGAGAUGGAUGAGAGAGUUGAAGAAGAGUUAGAAAUGAGAGCGCAAGAGGAGUUGGAAUUAAGAUUGAAAAUUGGACCAAACACUCCUCCUGAGCCUCCGACUUCUCCUCCUACUAGUCCAGACGCUUACGAUCCGUUUGAUCCAACAAAAUCUAGAUCGCCAACACCUGAUGCCAGUCAGGAAGCAAAUUCCAGCGAUGAAAGAAGAAGGUCUCCAAGAAAACAUGAUUCUGUGGAUGGAAAUAUUCUUGAUAUCGAAGAGGAAAACAUACAAAUGCCCCAGGAGAGACAGAGUCAAGAGAAGCAACUGGAGAAACCUAAGAUUAUUUCUAUGGUGACCAUCAAGAGAGCUUCUCCGCAGAGAGAUGAUGCGAAUGAAAAUGAUAAUAAUAAGGACAUUGCUGUUUCGACUGGGAAUCUAGAGCCACAACAGAACCAACAACAGAAUGUACAGAAUCAGAGUAAUCCUUUUGCAGUGAUGAAUCCUGUACUAGCUACGGUAGCUGCAGCAGUGCAAAGAAGUGGUGUAUUUAAUACGUCAAAUUCAAACAAUAGUCAACGUAAUUUGUUACAGCCAAAUAGAAUCUCACCGAGUAAUCAGCAGAAGCAGCGUUCAGGAGAUCGUUCUCAAGCAUCUACGGGGUUCACGAAUGCUGGAAAACAAAGAGGUUCAAAAUCCGGACAGACAACAAAAACAAAUGGACAGAAUGGGAAUGAUGCAGGUACGGAAACUACAGACAAUGUGGAUAUGUCUUCUCCUUAUUCCCCUGGAUCAACUCUUAGCGAUGGUAUGUUUGAUCCACCAAGUCCUACGAAUUAUAAUAAUUCACCUGGAGCUGGAACAGCAGGCGGUGGUGGAACAGGACCUGUUAGUAGUUCUCAGACUACGAAAAAUAGCAGUUCGAAAACAACAAAAACUGCCGAAAAGAAGGAUGCUUUUGAUGCACUGUUUGGUGCUGCGCCGGUUACAAAGACUGCUACUAGCAAACCAAGUAAAACAAAGAAGUCUGAAAAGGAUAAAAAGAAAAAGUCCACGAAUCCUAAAGUAGGUGUUAGAAUGGAUGAGAAUCAGCUUCAGAUAUUAGAUGAUCUUCCAAGUUCUGCCGUGGAAAUGCAAGUCAAGGAUAAGUUCCUAAAGAAAUUAAAUCGUCAAGAACGAGUGGUGGAAGAAGUGAAAUUGGUCCUGAAGCCCCAUUAUACAAAGAAACAUGUUACAAAAGAAGAGUACAAGGAUAUUAUGCGUAAAGCAGUACCCAAGAUAUGUCACAAUAAGACGGGAGAGAUCAAUCCGAAGAAGAUUGCCCAUUUAAUAGAAGCUUACGUUAGAAAAUGCCGAAGUAGUAAAAAGAAAACUACUGACAGUUCCUCUGCGAAGGCCUCUAAACCCGCAAAAAUUUUGUGGAGUUGAUCACGAGUCAGCUAGGUGUCUGUUCAAUUCCCUUCAAUUUUGUAGUUCAGACGAUCGUCGUGCUCGAUAAGCGGUGAGUGAGCUUCGAGACAGCUAGUCUCCUCUUCGAUGAUGCGAUGUAUCUUAUAUUCUCUGUAAAUACGUAAUUAAUUCAUUGAUUGGUCGGUUGAUUGAUUGAUUGAUUGAUUGAUCGGUUAACUUCUAAGAAUACCAUUGAUUAUUUAUAUAAACGAUAUCCUUUUUCUCAUCAGAAAGUGUAAGUGUCUCUACGGAAGAUCCAUUAUUUUUACACAACAAUGUAUUCUCCUUUUUUUUGUUUUUCUUAAAAAAAUCAAGUUUUACUACUAUGUUCACAUCUAGUGAAAUUUGUUAGAAUUUGUGAUCUUUGUUAAGAUAUAUCAAGUGUAAGAAGAGAUCAACGUGGAUAAUUUGUGUUCAUUAAAAGUGUUUCAAAUUAAUAUAUAUAUAUAUUUUUUUUUUUUUUCAAAUCACACAUUUACUUUUUACAAGUUAUUGAAAACGUAACGAAAGAACAUGACUGAAUUUUGUAUUAAAUUUUUUAUGUGCAGUAUAUUAUUAAAAAAACUGUCAAAUAAUAAAAAUUGUGUAAUUAGAUUUUCUGAAAAAAACAAAAAAAGAAAAAAAAAGAAAUAUGUAAAUUUUAUAAGAACAAUAUUUACAUACACUGGUUGUUCAUAUUAAUAAGUAAUUGAUAUUUUAACAAUUAUUUAUUCAAUUAGUUAGCUCUUAUUUAGUAAUUUUUAUUUCUAAUAAAGAGAAAAACAUUGAUAUUUAAUGAUUGUUGUAUUUAUAAUACAUGGAGAUGCAUGCAUCACAAACGAACACUUGGCUUUUCCGCAGAGACUCGUCAUUCUCAUAUUUCUUAAUGCACAUGUAAAAAUGCUUAAAUCCCGCGUUUCAGACAUAUAUAUUGUAAUUUCAUUCUUUCUAUAGAGUUGGACAUUAUUCGAAUAAACUGCUGUUAUUAUUAUAUCCUUAUUAUCAUUAAUACUAUCUACUAUUUUAUUGUUAUUAAAACUAUUGUAUGUAUUAUUAAUAUAUAGCUAAUUAUUUUAAUGGAUUCCAAAGUAACUUUUUAUUUAUUUUUAAGUUUAUCCACUGAUCUGUUUGAAUGAAUGAAAUGAUGUUCGAAUAAACAUUACAGUUUAAAGCAAAAUUGAGUGAAUGUUCAACAAAUAUAAAAAUUAAAUUUAAAAAAAAUUUAAUUAUGAAAUUUAGUAACAAGGCACAAUCCAGAACAAUUAAUAAGCAGCAAAAUUAAAAUAUGUAUAUUAUAAAUUUUCCAUAAACGGUUUUCUAAUAAAAUUGAUAAAGGAACGUAUAUGAAUAAAGUGCUAAAUAAAUAAGUACUUUAUUCGUAGAUUCUUAUUCGAAUAAAAAUUGUCCAACUC